AUGACCGGCCUCACAGAAGCCCAAGUGGCCUCCUUCCACGAGAACGGCUACCUAGUCCUCCCAGACUACCUCAGCCAAACCGAAAUCAACGACGUCCUAACCGAAGCCAACACCCUCCUACACAACUUCGACUUGGACACCCACCCUCUGACUCAAUUCACAACGGGCGACGACGACACAACCGACCAUGUAGGCGACGACUACUUCCUAGAAUCAGGCGACAAAAUCCGCUUCUUCUUCGAAAAAGACGCCUUCAGCACAACACCCGACCCAACAACCGGCCGAGCAUCCCUCCUCAAGCCCAAAAACUUAGCCGUGAACAAAAUCGGUCACUCGCUACACACUUUGAGCCCACCCUUCAAAUCGAUCUCCCUCAACGACCGCAAUGCCGCAAUCGCCAAAUCCCUCGGCUUCAUCGACCCCCGCGUCUUGCAAAGCAUGCUCAUCUGCAAACAGCCCUCCAUCGGCGGCGCAGUUCCCUCGCACCAGGACUCGGAGUUCCUAUACACGGACCCGCCCUCCGCUGUUGGAUGGUGGUAUGCGCUUCAGGAUGCCGGAACCGGUAAUGGGACGCUGGGUAUGAUUAAGGGAUCGCAUAAGGGUGCGAAGGGUGGACAUAUCAAGAGACGGUUUGUGCGGAAGAACGGUGCGUCUGGGACGGAGUUUAUUGUUAAUGAGGGUCCUGCACUUCCCAAGGGAAUGGAGGAGGAGAAGGUCUCCGAGCCUUCUGAGGAGGAUUUGGAGAUUUUGGAGGUUAAGGCUGGUUCUUUGGUGCUCAUCCAUGGCAAUGUGCUGCAUAAGAGUGAGAAAAACACUAGUGAGCGCAGUCGGUAUGCGUACACUUUCCAUGUUAUCGAGGGGGCAGAGGGGUGGGAGUAUGAUCAACGGAAUUGGUUGCAGCCGCCUGAGGGUGGUUUCUCGAAGCUUUAUCAGUGA